AAAUCAUGGAGUCUUCCAAGACCUUCAUGAGACACCUGCCGAUCACACCAGGCUACAGUGGCUUCGUGCCCUACCUUAGCUGCCAGGGAACCUCCAGCGAGGACGACAUGUCCCACUGUCUGAGAAUCUUCCAGGAGAACACACAGCGGUAUAAAGACCAGCUGGAGGAAUUCCGCUGCUCGGUGGCCACUGCCCCGAAAUUGAAGCCCAUCUGCUCCGAGGAGACAGUCCUGCGGACGCUGCACCAGUACUACCGACAGUACCACCCUCUUAGUCUGGAAUGCAAAGACUUGAAGAAACCUCUCCAGGAGCCCCCGAUCCCUGGCUGGGCAGGCUACCUGCCAAGAGCCAGGGUCACUGAAUUAGGCUGUGCCACACGGUACACCGUCAUGGCCAGAAACUGCUACAGGGACUUCCUGAACAUCACGGAGCAGGCCAGGAGGGCACACCUGAAACCAUAUGAGGAAAUAUACGGAGUUAGGGCCACACCCCCACCUCCUGUUCCUUCUCCAAAAAUUUUGCUGCAUGAAGGGUUGCUGCCGAAAUACCCGGAUUUCUCUAUUCCAGAAGCCACGUGUCCUACCCUGGGAAGAGCCCUGAUGGAGGACCCCAGACUUCCGGUGACGUGUGGCUGCACUCAGAGGCCAAACAUUUCCUGCAACGGGAAGAUUUAUCUAGAACCACUGUCCUCAGCAAAGUAUACUACUGAUGGGUAGACGUGGAGUGCCUCCCAAGGAGAGGUGAAUAUUAAGGGGGCCUUGAAAUUGUGCCCCUCAUGUACCCCUCAUGCACCCCCCAAGGGCACUGGGGAAAUUUCAUAAGAAUCCGUUUUACUGUCGCCUACACCUGGACUGGUUGGCGAUUACAUAUCACAUUCGCA